CCAAACGGACACGAAAAUGGCUGACAGGCAUCGUUCUUCGGGUUCUUCGCGGCCGUCCAAGCCGUCCAAAACCGCCGCCGUCGUUCACGAAAGGGACAGCGAUAGCAGUAGCAGUAGCUCGGGACAGAGCGACGAUGGAUCCAACUCUAAUUCCAACUCCCUGAACGCCUUCGCGAACGACGGCAGCUUUCUGGCGCGCUUCAAGCAGAUGCAAGAGGCCUGUCAGCAGCAGGCGCAGUCCCAGGCCGACGACGCGCAGUUCGCGGCCCCGGCGCCCCAGGUCACGGUGAAGACGGAGCGGGACGCCGACGACAGCGGUGCGGCCAAGAAACGGGCGCUCCCCUUUGUGGGUAAGAGAAGGGGUGGCAAAGUGCUAAAGACGGGCGUUGUCCACAAGCCCAAGGUGGACGAUGAGGAGGAGCUCCCCAAAGACGCCUGGUCGCGUUACCUGGCCGAGGUGCGCAAGUACCGGGAACGAUCGUGCGACGACGAGGAGAAGACGCGGCCGCUGGUCAAGUGAUCGGCCGUCUGCUGCCGAUCGGCCCUUCUUGUAAAUAAUGGCUGGAUAGGACUGCCCUCUGUCUCUUUCUUUCUCUCUCCCUCUUCCCUCGACCCCUUUCUCUUUGUGUUGACUUUGUUUGGGAAUGUGUUGACCUCGUUUUAUAUAGCUACUACUCGUCUCGAAGAGCACAAUCUUGUGCGGAAAUCCUGCUGCGUGGGAAUGGGCGAAGCUUACUCUUCCAGCCUGUACUACCUUAACGUCCUGCAGGGACACAUCCAAGUGUAGAAAAUGGACAUUCUAUUAUAGCGUCGGAAUGUGGCAACUCAUCCGUGCGUACUUGUGCGGUAUUUCUUACCCAUUUGCUGUAUUGCUAAAAGAUUGGAAACCCAUUGCUAGCAAGUCAGUACUGUUGCUUAAAGGUAUUUUGUUAGUGGUUGAUUUCUCCUGGUGAAACUUGAGAGCACAACUUUGUCUUGGCCGACAGCAGUUUCGGCCAAGAAUUCACUCUAGAAUUUUGUCGGGAAAAAUGAAUCACUGAAAGAUACAUUAGAAUUGUUUUUCAAUCGACACACUUUAACAUUUGGAUGCCCAUUGUGCUUAUGCUUGGGCAAACCAUGUAUUUACUGCUUACUGACCGAGCUUGUGUGGAAUCUACUUCCAGUAAGGCAGGCUAUGUCACUUGAAUUGAUGUCACAUAACUGGGCCAUAGGAUGCUACUGUUGCAGGUCUUGUGGUCCAGAAACAAAAUCGAAUUGGUGACUUUCUCCAAGAAUGCAUGAGCUUAGAGAGCCAGAUUUGUAAAGCUUGUUCAAAGAAUGGAUUUUUCUUUUUAAAGACAUUGUCUUUUGUUUAGUUCUUCCAAAUUGCAGUUGCCAACUCACGGAGCUCUAAAUACUAUGUAGUGGGGGAAUUCCGAAUGUUUCUUCUCCAUUGUAGUGGUUACAGAGGAAUUUUGUGGGCUUCAAAACUUUAAUUGUGAACCACGAAUGUAUUUUGCGCCACAUGGAUGCUGGGACUGGUGCCUUGCAAGAUCCCACUCAAGAUGUUUUGUAGAGACCGUUUGCUUGUACAAAGUUUGUCUUGCCAGUGCAGUUUGUGUGUGCUCCAACUGCUACAACUCUAAAUAAAGAAAAAAAGGCAUUAAACCCGUGUAAACCUUC